AUGUCAGAGGCGUACGCCCGUGAGAUACUACGAAGGAAUGUUGCGCAAAUAUGCCAAACUAUAGGAUGGAACGGUAUAAACUCAACGCCACUUGACAUACUGGUGCAUGUAUUGGAAAAGUACAUUUCUACUCUUGGAACACAAGCUAACAGAUACGCCGAACAAUUCAAUAGGACUGAACCAAAUUUACAUGACUUAGGAUUAGUGUUUCGUGAUCUUCAUGUCCAUUUGCCAGAGUUAGCUGAGUAUACAAGAAGUGUGCCCCCAGUUCCACCACCUGUCAGCACAGAGAAAUUUCCUAAACCUAAAGAAUCAAAUUUGAACUUUCUAAAACCUGGCAGCCAUGAAGUGGUUACAAGGCCAAUGCAUGUGCAUGAACACCUUCCACCCAUGUACCCAGAAAAAGAAAGGGACACACCGGCUGUUGCUGGCACCGUUGAAAUUAGGCAGAAUGGUAUUGAUCAUAUUGAAAGUAAUACAACAUGCACAAGUCCUGAAAUAUCUGUCACAGAUAGUCCCGAGAAACCAAAAGAUUUAUUUAAAAGGCCAAUUGAUCCUGUCUCUUUACCCAAUAGUAAAAGGCCGAGGUUAAGGUUGGACGAAGAGGAGAGGACAAGAGAAAUCAGCAGUGUUAUUAUGACCAUGUCUGGAUUCUUGUCACCAGCCCGUGAAGGUAAAUUGCCUGAGGCAAGACCUCCCACAAUUGUAUCCGAAAAGCAUCAUGACAAGCAUAAAGUCAAUUCACAUCAUUCAAAUCCCAUGAAAGCACCAACACUAGAUAAAAGUGAUAAGAAAUCUAAAAAGAAUAAGUUGUUAAAUGGUAAGAUUAUGAAAAGUAAAAGAAAAGAUAAAAGUCAUAAAGGUGAAAGUAGUAAAUCUAGGGAUAGCAAUAAAUUGGACAGGUAUCCUCCUGGUCAUCCUUUGAAGAAUAAAGAUAAUUUGCACCCAACACACCAUAAUCAUGUGACAAUGCCUGCACCAAAGGCUAUGCCGCAAACAUCAAAACCUGUGACCCCUCCCACUUCCAAUUCACCUUCAGUUCCAAGUCAAACACCAGUGCUUCCUGCCCCCGAGGUUAUCAGACCAGUUAUUAAGCAGGAGCCACCCGAUACUCCACCACUUGUGUCAAGACCAAUGAAUUCUCGCGAAGAUACAAUACCUGUACCAAGGAAAAUCCCUAUUUCCAAAUCUCCACUUAUUUCUAACUCUCUUCCUGUAAAUAAAAACUCAUCUUCCACUAAUUCACUUAUACCUGAAACAGAAAUUAAGAAGGAGAUAAUCGAAGAAGAGGAGAAACUGGCAUCUCAGCCGGAUAGAUCAAAAGUUAAUAUAUUUAAAAGGAUAUCGAACAAAAGUAAAGAAGAUAAGGCUCCCCCUCCAUCAGAGGUUGUUCUUGAUAAGGUACAGUCUGACAUUUUGAUCUCAAGGUUACAAAAUUCUACACAUAAUAAUACAAGUGAAAAUAUUAGAGUGAAUGACAAUGAUUCCGUUGUGAACAAUAAUAAUAGUGCAUUAGAUUUGUCAAAAGAAAUAGAUAUAAAAGCCAAUGAAGUUAUCAGUAUUGAUGAUGACUCAAUGGAUAUUAGCUCUAUGGCGCCGGCUAAAAACUCGUCUCUAGACCCCAGACCUAGUAUAUCAAUUAAUAAAUCAUUGCAACUUCCGUAUUCCAAAGACAUAGCUAGUGUCAGUCCAAAAAUUAAAAAGGAGAAGAAACACAAGGACAAAAAAGAUAAAGCAGCUAAAUUGGAGGCGAAAUUGCUCAAAAAACAGCAACAACAGUUGGCAUUUGAAAUGGCGCAAGCGGAGAAAAAGAAAAUGAAGCUAGGAAAUGUGAAAGUCAAAUCAAGUAGGCCAAAGAAUGAAUCAAAAUUACCACAGAUGCCACCGGGUUUUCCAUUUUUUCCUGCCAUGCCUCCUGGGAGAGGCUUGAUUCCUGGUCCAGGGUUAAUACCUAAUCCUGGUUUAAUUCCGGGAAGUGAUUUUCUGGCAGGGCUAGCUAAUAGUCCUGCGUUAAGGGGGUUACCAUCACCAAAUUUAUUAACAAACCCCUUUGCCUUAGGGGCGAGCGGUCCAGGUUUAAUUCCUGGUCCCAGUUUUCUACCUGGUGGUCUUGGCCCCGGAAUUCCGAAUCAUCUCAUGCAAAUGGGUAAUUAUCCACACACAUCGAGGUCACAGUCAAUGAAAAUUCCUCCAAUGCUACGGCGCCCAAGUCUAGAAGUGAUACCUGUAGAUAAUGAGGAAGAUAGAGGAAUUCAUAAAUCACCAAUCAUGCAUAGAGAUAAAGACCGGCACGACAGUAAGCACAAAUCUCCAACCAUUCCAAAUAUAUUACAAAAACCAAAAUCGAAAUCACAAAAAGACCAUAAAUCACUGUAUAAAAUGCCACCUGUACAACCUGAUAUAACGAUAGAACUGAAUCCUCCCAAAGUUGAUCCCGUGAGACAGGAAAUAAGGGAAACGCCCCAACCAACUCGUCUGCCUACCCCCGAGCCGCCUACAGUCAUCUCGAAACUAGAACCGGAGACUCAACUUGAAACGGUCCAGACGCCGACCUCUGACACGACGCAAGAAAGAGACAUUGAAAAUAUCGAUAAGAAAAAGGACAAGUCCCACAAAAAAGAGAAAAAGGACAAAGACGGUAUCAAAAUUAAAAAGAAAAAGGAUAAGAAAGAUAAGAGCAAAGAAAAAUCUGAAAAGAAGCGGGACAAAGACGAGAGGCAGGAGGAGAAGGAUAGAAUAAAGAAGGAGAAGAAGGAGAAAAAGAAAGAGAAGAUCGCCGACGGAUUAGUGCCGAAGCUUACGCUGAAGCUGGGAUCCUCGAAUUCGAACUCACCGAUGCCCCCUAGUUCGCCGGACAUUUUCAAGCUGAACAUAAAGCCGGUAGUUAAGAAAGAGGAGGAAGAGAGUCCGCCGCGAAACGAGGAGAGUGUUUCGAGGGAGCACAGCCGAUCGCCGGAAUUGGCGCAAAUCUCCGCGCUAGUCACGAGGCCGCCGAAGCAAAAGCACUCGAAGCACAACCACAUCGCUGACGUGGAGCAGCAACCGACUUCCCCUCCCGCGGGCAACUCGCCACCGCGGAAGAACAGACCACCAUCGAGCCACUCGAAAUACAAAAGGAUAAUGUUCAAAACUCUCGUGAAGAAAGGGCAAAUGGAGAAUUUCGACGGGGAAGCGGCGUCGAUAUCAGAGGAGACGGUCGCGGCGGCGCCCGCGGCGAAACCCAGCGGGCCCCUCCCCACCCCUUAUUACGUGGACGAGCACGGGAACAAAAUUUGGGUGUGUCCCGCUUGCGGCAGACAGGACAACGGGUCGCCCAUGAUCGGUUGUGACGGCUGCGACGGCUGGUACCAUUGGGAGUGCGUGGGCAUAACUGAGGAGCCCGGCGCCACGGAGGACUGGUUCUGCAAGUCGUGCCUCGCGAAACGCGCCGCCAUGGUGCUGGCUGGUGUCACCGCCGGCAAGAAGCGGGGCAGGAAACCGAAGGGGGAAAAAGUCAGAGACUGCCAU